UUCCGAGCGCGUCUGUCCGAGCGCACGCGAGACGCGCUCACAUACGCCCUUCGUGCGCGCAGACCACGUGGUAUUGCGCACGUUGCCCGCGCGCGUUCGAUUCUCGAUCGACCAACACGCGCGGCCAACUUCACGCGCGCGACUCGCGAAAGAAACAUGUCCGGCGUGAAUGAAUCCUCAUUGUGACUCGUGUGAACGCGUAGCGGAUUAAUCGUCGUUACGACCGCCGAAAUUCGCAUUCCCUGACGACGACAUGCGACGGUGAGCUGCUAUUGAUUCCCCCGUCUACGUUCAAGUGCGUGCUAGUGCGGUGAUAUGUCCAGGAGAAAGCAGGCGAAGCCUCGAUCUCUCAAACGGGACGAAGAGUGGGACGAGGGCAACGAGCAGAAUGUCCUGGAAGCGGCCGAACAGGAUAACGAAACGACGGCGAUUAAGCAGGAGGAGGAGGAGGAGGAGGAGGAGGAAGAGCUGCAACGGGCGUUCAGCCGUCAGUCAGAAGACUACCUGCGAGAUGGCAGACCAACUUCCGUCCAAGGUCCUGAUCUGGAAAAUCACAACAGCCUCGAUAGCGAAGCCUUGGGAACCGGAAGUUCAUCGUGGCACAGCGAAGACGGUGGACCCAACUCGCGUCGCGGCGGCGGCGAAACGCCGUCCUCAUGCGCGACGCCGACGUCGGCGAGUUUCCCGUCAGAACCUGAGGCCGACGCCGACAUCGGCGGCGGCCACCCCGACGGCACUAACCCCGCUGCUCCUUACCCCUGCCAGUUUUGCGAUCGAACGUUCCCUCGACUCAGCUAUCUGAAGAAGCACGAACAGAGCCACGGCGAUCAGAUGCCGUAUCGAUGCAGUUGGUGCGCCAGGCUGUUCAAACACAAGCGCAGUCGAGAUCGCCACGUGAAGCUGCACACCGGGGAUAGACGAUAUCGCUGCUCGCAUUGUGAGGCUGCCUUCUCCAGGAGGUAA